UGCACGCCUGGUAUUAAUCCGUAUAUAGAAGCGCAAGGUUGUGUCGUGCCGUUUUAGUGUUAAGUAGUCGAAAACGUUUCUAUUAGUCUAGAAUCUUCUGAAAUUAUGUUCGGCGGAGGAGCAGCACCAAUUCUAGUUUUGAGUCAAAAUACGAAACGUGAUUCCGGCAGGAAAGUUCAACUAGAAAACAUAGCAGCCGGAAAAGCCAUCGCCGAUGUAAUAAGAACGUGUCUCGGUCCCCAGGCUAUGCUGAAGAUGCUGAUGGAUCCAUCGGGUGGUAUUGUAAUGACAAACGAUGGAAAUGCAAUUCUGCGUGAAAUUACUGUUCAGCAUCCGGCAGGUAAAUCAAUGAUCGAGAUAGCUCGCACCCAGGAUGAGGAAGUUGGCGAUGGAACUACAUCUGUAAUUGUAUUGGCUGGUGAAAUGCUGGGAGUCGCAGAGCAGUUUUUAACCCAACAGAUGCAUCCGACAGUAAUCAUCAGAGCUUACCGCCAGGCACUGGAGGACGCAGUUACUCUGCUACAAGAUAACAUCAGCAUUGCCUUGGAUCUUAAUGACCGUGUGAAACUGCUGGAAGUGAUUAAGUCUUGUGUUGGGACAAAGUUCAUUGGACGGUGGUCAGAUCUGGCAUGUUCUAUCGCUCUGGAUGCCGUUAAGACGGUGAUGCUAGAAGAAAAUGGCCAUCGUGAGAUAGACAUUAAGAGAUAUGCAAAGGUGGAGAAGGUACCAGGAGGGAGUAUUGAAGAAUCAAGUGUGCUGCGUGGUGUGAUGGUGAGCAAAGAUGUGACACAUCCCAAGAUGCGACGGUACAUUAAGAACCCACGUAUUGUCCUUCUGGAUUGCACCUUGGAAUACAAGAAGGGAGAGAGUCAAACAAAUGUUGAAAUUCUGAAAGAAUCGGACUUCACCCGUAUUUUGCAGUUGGAGGAAGAACAUAUUCAGAAAAUAUGUGAGGAAGUGAUUGCAGUGAAACCUGAUGUAGUCUUCACAGAGAAAGGUGUUUCAGAUUUGGCACAGCACUUCCUUCUGAAAGCAGGGAUCACAGCUAUACGCCGUGUCCGCAAAACAGACAACAACCGCAUUGCUCGGGCUUGUGGAGCAACUAUUGUGAACCGUACUGAGGAGCUGAAAGAAGAGGAUGUGGGCACUGGAGCUGGACUCUUUGAAAUCAGGAAGCUUGGUGAUGAGUAUUUCUGUUUCAUCACAGAGUGUAAGAAUCCCAAAGCUUGCACAAUACUAUUGCGUGGGGCCAGCAAGGACAUGCUCAAUGAAGCAGAAAGAAACCUGCAAGAUGCUCUGCAUGUUGCUAGGAACAUUCUGAUAGAACCAAAACUGGUGCCUGGAGGAGGAGCUGUUGAGAUGGCUGUGGCACAGAUGUUGGCUGAGAAGGGGAAAACAGUGCAGGGCAUUGGUCAGUGGCCAUACCGCGCUGUUGCUGAGGCUUUGGAGAUCAUUCCCCGUACGCUUAUCCAGAAUUGCGGUGCAAAUACAGUUCGUACACUGACAGCUUUACGGGCUAAACAUGCUACUGGUGGAAAAACCUGGGGAAUCAAUGGCGAAACCGGUGAACUUGCAGAUAUGUGUGCACUUGGCAUAUGGGAACCAUUAUCGGUUAAACUUCAAACAUACAAGACUGCUGUUGAAACAGCCAUCUUACUGUUGAGGAUUGAUGAUAUUGUUUCAGGCUCAAAGAAGAAAGAUAAAGAAGGCGAAACCAGAACUGCACAACCAACUGAGGAAUCGGUGAAAGAAUAAGUGCUUCACAGCUGAUACUUUGCAUUUUACAUUUGAAACGGGUUGGCCGUCAUCUUCAUUGCUUAUUAUUCUUAAUUUCAUUAUAUGAACAUCUUGUGGUUUAAUAUUUGUUACUUUCUAUUAAUGUUUAGUUUUUUGUUUAUUGUAAUAAUUAAACACUAAUUAACUUUCCAUCAUUCACAAUAUAAUCAUAAUAGAGACAGUCAUAAAACAGCAAUACAUGAAAGUGAUAAUUCAUUUGCUUUAGAUUCUGAUGGAAAGAAUUGAAUUUUCCUUGAAGCAUUUAACUAUGGCUUUGCACUGCAGAAUAACCUUUGUAUAAUCUGCACUUCUUUUUUUUUUUACCAUGUAAUAAAUUCAGAGAAACAAAAUAAAUUGUUUUUGACAAUGAA